AUGUCGGCCCAAGUCCCCGACCAGGCUUCGGCUCUGUCUCCAAGCCAUGACGGCAGCCUCAAGCCCGCCUCGCCCGCCGAUGCCUCGUCGACCACGAGCCCGAACGGCAGCUCCAGCACCAGCAACAAUGCCGGCAGCGCCUCGUCCAACUCGCAGGUGUCCCCGCCGGUCGGCGAUGCCCUGGAUGCGCCCCGGCCGCUCGUCUGCCGCUGGAACCAGUGCGGCCAGAAGUUCACCAACGCCGAGACGCUCUAUGAACACAUCUGUGAGCGCCACGUUGGUCGCAAAAGCACAAACAACCUGAGCCUCACUUGCCAGUGGAACUCUUGUCGCACCACCACCGUCAAGCGCGAUCACAUCACUUCCCACAUCCGUGUUCACGUCCCUCUGAAGCCUCACAAGUGCGAGUUCUGUGGCAAGUCCUUCAAGCGGCCCCAGGACCUGAAGAAGCACGUCAAGACUCAUGCCGAUGACUCGGUUCUCUCACGACCUGGCCAAGAUAGCCAACCCGGCAUGAGCUACAGACCUCAAGCUCCCAAAGCCCCGGGCUAUUAUGAUCAUACUGGCCAGAUGCGAAGCCCUGUCGGCGGCUUCCCUCAACCUCACGCUGGCGGCUAUUACGCUCCUCAACCCUCAACCAACUACGGCCUUUACUUCAACCAGCAGCAUGUGAACACGGCACCUCGCUCCGAGCACAUUGGCUACUCGGCGAGCUAUGACCGCAAGCGCACCAACACUCACGAGCUGGUGGACGACUUCUUUGCCAGCGCCAAGCGCCGCCAGAUUGACCCAACCUCCUAUGCCCAGAUCGGACGCUCCCUGCUCCCGCUUCACAACGCCUUCCAGAGCCCCAGCGGACCCAUGGCCGCCACCGAAUCUUACUUCCCUCAGUCGGCUGGUCAUGCUAUGGGGCAUAGUGCCGUCCACGCGGCUCAUGCUCCCGCGCCAACCCAGAACCCUCUGGCGCAGCAAUAUUACCUGCCCAUGCCGAAUGUGAGGACUCAGAAGGACCUCGUCCAGCUCGAGCAGAUGCUGGGUCAGAUGCAAGAUACCGUAUACGAAGCCGCUCCCCAAAUCACCGCCGGACUGCACGCCCAUGACAGCCAGUUCGCUUCAUACCGCGGUACAUCGUCACCCACGACCCUUCACCGCGGCCCCGGCAGCAUGCACAUCGCCACCGACGGCUACCAUCACCCUGUCUCGGCGGCAAGCAUGGCAUCGCCUCUGACGGCCAUCUCGUCUACCGGCACUCCCGCAGUGACGCCUCCGUCCAGCGCCCUGUCCUAUACGUCGGGCCAUUCCCCAAGCCCCUCCGCCUCUUCGGGAUUCUCCCCGCAGUCCCGCCACAGCUCGACAGCUUCGUCCAUUUUGUAUCCCAGCCUGCCCACCAGCUUGCCUGCCGUCAGCCAAGGGUUCGGGCAAUCGACCACGGCAACUCUAGGCCCCAGCUUUGACACCGGUGAGCGUCGCCGCUACUCGGGUGGCAUGCUCCAAAGAGCUCGCGGCGCACCGCCACGAUCUUCUGAGGAGCCCAGCGGCGCCGUCACGCCCAAGGCCAGCGAGUCCGCAGCAUCGACCGGAUCUCCGUCCUCAGAGUCUGACACUAGCGAAGCCACUCGUGAGCGAGAAGAGCAGUACGAGAUGUGGGUGGACAACAUGCGGGUGAUCGAGGGCCUCCGCAAAUAUAUACAAGGACGUCUUGAGCGCGGGGAAUACGAGAAGGAGUAUCCCGGCCUCGGCGAAAUCCGCAAAGAUGUCGAUGCCAUGGACCUUGGCGGCAAGCCCAAAAGCCCGCUUGUCAACGAGCGCCCCAAGUCUAAGGAGGGCAACUCUCUAUACCCCGUCCUCCCCCUUCCUGGAUCCUGA